AGAUGGAAGGUGGUAGAUAUUCGGUUGAUUUGGGUAACCUCGAGCGCAAUCGAAGGAACGAGAUUGGGAGGAAGAAAUCCCGCAAAGGUAAAGAACUUGCCGGCUCUUCCUCUCAAAGCCGAGAUGAUUUUGAAACGGGUUACCAAAGGAGAGAUGGAGAUGCGAUGUCCGAAGAACAACUACAACAAGAAUUAGCCCGACAUAAUAACCGCUUUCUACAACAACAACAAAUCCCGACGACCAUUGACGAAGAGGAGCUUGAGGAUGAAGAUGCGGAGGAAAUGGAACCGGAGACGGUCGAGGAGGAGGGUGCUGGCAGCCACGACGCCGACGAGUCUGCCUCAUCCCAAACCGCCACCGGUAAUAAAAAAGUAAAUCUGAACUAAUGAAAAAUAAUUUUGAUAAGUGGAAGGACACACAAACCGGCUAUUGGCACGCUACUUGCAAGUGGUGCAACAACAAUUAUAGCUUGGGGACCUCCGGCGGAUACGGAUCUGCCGCAAGGCAUCUUAAGGCAAAGCACCCCGUGGAGUAUGCAAAAUUAGGCGGCGGAACGGGGAAACAAACUCAAAUAUCGAGGUUUGCGAAUUCUCAACCUUUUGGUAAUUUCUCAUACAAUGAUGCACAAAAUUUGACCGGUAUGACUAACUUAAUUUGUGAAGAAAAUUUGCCUUAUAUGUUUUCUGAAAGUCUUGCUUUAAGAGAUUAUGCACAAGGUAGUUUAAAUCCUCAAUUUAGAAGUUAUAGUCGCAAAUCUGUUAAGAAAGAAAUUAUAAGGCUUUAUAAAGCGGAAAAGGCAAGGUUACAAAAUUUUUUUGCAAACUUUGAUGGGCGUGCUACUAUUUGUUCUGACAUAUGGGAGGAUGAUUUUCAUCAUUUAUAUUAUUUGGGUCUGACUGCACAUUAUAUUGAUGAGGAUUGGAAUAUGCAUAAACGUGUUCUUGCUUUUCGUGAAUUUAAUGAUCGUCACACCGCUGAACAUAUUUAUAUUUUAAUUGAGCGUAUUUUAAUUGAGUAUAAUUCUAUUGAUAAAGUGUUUGCUAUUGGUUUCGAUAAUGCUACUAAUAAUACUGCUGCUAUACCUAGAUUGCAUGAAUUGUGUGAUGUCAAUACUUUGAUGGGUAGAUUUUUUCAUCAACGCUGUGCAUGCCAUGUUAUAACUAAAACAAUCUAAACUAAAACAACUCACAUUACUGAACAAAGCGCAUUGAAUGAGAUUACUUUGUAUUUAACAUAUGAAGUUGUUUUGAUAAAAAUGAUGACUUUGACGUUCUAAACUGGUGGAAGUCAAAAGAAAGAAUGUUCCCGAUUUUAGCACGGAUGGUUAAUUAAGCAAGUACUAUCAAUGCCGGUUUCAACAGUUGCUGUGGAACAAGAAUUUAGUUCGGCCGGCAACGUCCUAACGGCAUCUAGAUCGAGAUUGAGCGCGGAGUCUCUUGAGACGCUUAUAUGCUACCACGAUUGGUUGAAGGCCGCAUGUAGAACUCAACAAAUGAGCAUCACCCCAUCACAAGAAUUUAUGGAUGACUCAACAACUGAUGGUGGCUCUACCUAUGCCGGAGAUUUCGAUUGAUUAGUAUUUUAGAAAUUAUUAUAAAAUGUAUUUUGUAGCACUUCUAAAAUCAAUUUGUCUUUGUACUUCAAAUUUCAAAAUUGUAAACUUGUACUUCAUGUCUUCAUAUUUCAAAGUUGUAAAUUUGUACUUGUACUUCAAAUUAAUUUGUAAACUUGUACUUCAUAUUUCAAAUAAAU